ACACUCUCGCUUUUGAAACUUCAAAGCUUAAAGCCAUUUGUGUGUGUGUGUGUUCCAUUCGGAGGUCAGUAACUGAUUUUUCAAACUCAUCAUCUGUAUUGGAAAUGUUGAAAUAGAAAAGCGUGAAUGACAUUUAGACACAGAGUUAGAACUAUAUGCUCAGAAGAAGUAAUUGAAGGUGAAUUAAGCAUUGUAUAUGAUACUUUGAUCGAAAAUGGCUAUCCCGAAAAAUUUAUCAAGAAACACAUGACAAAGAAAACGGAAAAGGACUACUCACUAUCUGUAGACAAGAAGCCUCUUUAUAUACGACUACAAUUCAUGGGCGAUAUACCAAGCGAGAUAAUUUCGAAGAAAUUAAGAAAAUCAGUUCAAAAAACUUUUAAUGCUGACGAACUACACGUCUUAUUCUCUACACGACCGAUGGUGAUUCCUUGACUGAAAGAUGAAGUACCUAGACUAG